AUGAGAAAUUUGAGUGGAAGCCAUGUGGAGGAGUUUGUCUUGGUGGGAUUUCCUACCUCUCCAUCCUUCCAGCUACUCCUCUUUGUCUUCUUUUUUGCAAUUUAUCUGUUGACAUUGCUGGAAAAUAUACUCAUUGUUUCUACAGUCUGGCUCACCUCAAGCCUUCAUCGGCCCAUGUACUUCUUCCUUGGUCAUCUCUCCUUCCUGGAACUAUGGUACAUCAAUGUUACUAUUCCCAGACUCUUGGGAGCCUUUCUUACCCAGGAUGGCAGAGUCUCCUAUGUAGGUUGCAUGACCCAGCUCUACUUCUUUAUUGCUUUAGCCUGCACUGAAUGUGUCCUCUUGGCAGUUAUGGCCUAUGACCGCUACCUAGCCAUCUGUGAGCCCCUUCGUUACCCUAGUCUCAUGCCUGCCAGCCUGGCCACUCGCCUUGCAGCUGCUUCUUGGGGCAGUGGUUUCUUCAGUUCCAUGAUGAAGCUACUUUUCAUUUCACGACUAUCCUACUGUGGGCCCAAUAUCAUCAAUCACUUCUUCUGUGAUAUUUCCCCCCUGCUCAACCUCACCUGCUCAGACAAGGAACAAGCAGAGCUGGUAGACUUCCUGCUAGCACUGGUGAUGAUUCUGCUCCCUUUGGUGGCUGUGGUUUCCUCCUAUGCUGCCAUCAUUGUAGCCAUCCUGAAGAUCCCUACUGCCCAGGGACGCCACAAAGCCUUCUCCACCUGCACCUCCCAUCUGGUGGUGGUUGUCAUCUACUACUCCUCCACUCUCUUCACCUAUGCACGGCCCCGAGCCAUGUACACCUUCAACUAUAACAAGGUCAUCUCUGUGCUCUAUACUGUCAUUGUACCAUUCCUCAACCCAGCCAUCUACUGCUUAAGGAACAAGGAGAUGAAAGAUGCUUUCAGGAAGACCAUACUGGGAAGGUGCCACCAGCCUAGGGAUGUUCCAGAUUGAUGCAUGACAGAUGCCAGUAGAGAGGAGAAGAAGUCUUACUAAGGAUGUGACUAGCAAUCACAGAAUGGUC